UCGAUGUCUACCUGUCACUUUUAUGGCCCCGAGUCAUUCAGGGGAUCUACCACUUACUCCGCUCGAUGAGGAUUCCCCUUCUCAGCGGCCGGCAUUGUGAAAUCAUAUCCCUCUUCACUGGCAUGAAAGCAUAUCUCUCUUCUCACCUUCACCCCAAACAAUGCGGUCGCUCAGGCAAUCAAUCUUCCUGUCUUCCACACGCAAUUGAACUAGAACAUGUAGAUGAAGGCAAUCGUAGAAGUUAUGUUGCGCAUCGCUUCCCUGCGUUCUACACACCGGUUUAUUCUCGGAGGUUCGUCUAUGGAUGCGUCCUCUCAGCAUCCAUUGGAGGUAUUCUCUUCGGCUACGACACCGGAAUCAUUUCAAGCGCUCUUGUCGUAUUCCAUAAAGAUCUGGGCCAUGAUCUCAGCAGGGAGGAGAAGCAACUCUUGACUAGUCUUACCAGCGGUGGUGCUUUUGUCGGAGCAUUGAUCGCGGCUCUCACCACAGAUGCUAUCGGACGGAAAAUGGUCAUUGGACUGGGGUGCAUCUGGUUCACCGUCGGCUCCGUCAUCGCAUCAUCUGCAUACUCAGUUGCCCUAAUGUCCAUCGCGCGAUUCAUCAUCGGAGUAGGCAUGGGCCUCGAAACCAUGGUAACUCCAAUCUACAUCUCCGAACUCUCCCCCUCCUCCCGCCGUGGCCGCAUGAUCACCGUCUACUCGCUAGCAGUAACAGGCGGCCAAGCCCUCGCCUACGCAAUCGGUUCCAUAUUCAGUCUCGUCUCGCAAGGAUGGCGCUACAUGUUUGCCUUCGGCGCUAUCCCAGCCCUAAUCCAAGUCGCGCUGUUCCCCAUCUAUCCCGAAACCCCCCGACACCUCAUCUACCGGAACCAAACCGCAGACGCGAUAAUGGUGCUCCAACAAAUUUACCCACAAGCGCCUCCCUCCGACAUCCAGACCCUCGUUCAAACGAUCCAAGACGACGUCAACCGCUCCGUCUCCUUCGACCAGGGUAUCCGACGCGCAUACUGGUCCUGGAAACAGCUCCACACUGUCCCCUCACAUCUCCGAUCGCUCAUCACAGCUUGCGGCCUCAUGGCGCUGCAACAGCUCUCCGGCUUCAAUUCGCUGAUGUACUACUCCGCCACACUCUUCAAUAUAAUGGGGUUCUCGAGGCCCAUCGAAGCGGGUCUCAUCGUCUCCGGAACGAAUUUCCUCUUCACGGCUCUCUCGCUGAAAUUCGUAGACUUGGGUCGUCGGCGCUUAUUGAUCGGCACUGUGUGGGGGUUACCGGUUGCGUUAGCGAUGGCAGCGGGGGCGUUCUCGAAGAUCAACAUCGAUGCGAACCUAGAGCUUAUGGCGACCCCGCCGCUGUGGGCGAAAGUCCUUGCUAUCGUUUCCUUUGCAGUAUUCGUGGCGUUUUAUGCGAUCGCGUUGGGCAAUGUGCCGUGGUUGGCUAACGAAUUCCUGGCGCUGGAAGUCAGAGCCGUUGGGACGGCUAUGUUAACUAUGGUUUGUUGGGGCUCGAAUAUUCUUGUGUCGGCUACUUUUCUUUCUCUUGUGAGCGCGAUCUCGGCGUCCGGAGCGUUUGGGCUUUAUGCUGGGGUUUGCUUCGUUGGGUGGGUGUUUAUUAUUUUCACGUAUCCGGAAACGGCUGGGUUAGGGCUGGAGAGUGUGCGGCAGGUAUUUGAGCAUGGGUUUGGUGUUCGGUAUGCGAAUCAAUUACAGAGGUUUCGGUGGAUAGAUGCGGAGUUAUGAGCUCAUCAUUUCGAUGUCGAUGUACAUAAUAUCAUGCUAAUGUAAAAUUCUUUACGAGAGGCAUUAUUUGCCUUCUUUGAGAAACCUAGUGUUGC